AUGAAUCAGACCACUUCAGACAUGAGUUGUAAAAAGAGCCAUGGUACUAUACUUAGUCUUGUAAAUUUGAGCAUCGAGCAAUUUAAGAAUGACUAUCAUCUGAAAAGUACUGAUAUCGUAUCACUGUCAUUCACCAAUAGUAUUUCACUUUCUCUGGGAGCAAUAUUUAUAACAUUCUAUGGAAGUAAAGGGAACAAACCAAGAUGGCUUGCAUUUUCUGCAGUUUUAGUAGGAGUAGAAGCACUUUUAUACUGUUGGCCAUACAUUUCUGGCAGAAAUUAUCAAAUGAAGAGAGAAAUUGAAGAUAUGUGCCAAGAAAUGAAGGCUAUAGAUAUUUGCAGAGAUACCGUAAAAUCAUCCCGAUCAAACUAUAUGUUUUUCUACACCCUGGGGAAGAUUGUACAGGGAAUAAUAGCAUCGCCUGUUUUUCUUCUUUCAAAAAUCUAUGUUGAUGACAGCGCUAAAGGCUACUCAAUUGGAACAUAUAUAGGUUUUGGAGAAGCUUCAGCUUUAUUCGGUUAUGCUUUCGGCACUAUAUUAGGAACACCACAAAUUCAGACUUUUAUGAUAAAUAAUACUGCUAUUAAAAAAACUGAACUUCCCUACUGGCUAGUGACUUGGUGGAUUGAUUUUCUUCUUCCUGGUGUUAUUGCAUGGUCAAUAGUAAUACCAUUGCUAUGUUUUCCUCCUACAUUACCAGGUACAGCAGAAGUGAAAGCUGAAAAACGUAAGCAGAGUGAUUGGGCUGUUAACAAUGCUGAGGAUCAGGACUUAGGAACUAGUAUCAAGGAUUUGUUUACUUCUAUUUCGAUUCUGAUGAAGAAUCCAGUGUUUAUAAUGAUAUCUCUGUCCAGAGCUGUAGAAUUUUUCCUUGUUCCUGGUUUUGCUUUGUUUUUACCUAAAUAUCUUGAAAAUCAAUAUAAAUUAACUGUCAAAAUGGCAAGUACAAUAUCAGGAUUUGUUUUAGUUCCAGGAAAUGCAGUUGGCCACUUACUGGGAGGUGUCAUCAUUUCCAAGUUAGAGAUGUCUUGUAAAGCCGUUAUGAGAUUUAUAAUAGCCUCAUCUAUAGUAGCAAUCAUAUUGGUUGUUUUUACGAUGUUUAUACGUUGUGAAGCAGUGGAGUUUGCUGGGAUCACUGAAAAUUAUGAAGGCACAGGACAGUUGGGAAAUCUGACAGCCCCUUGUAAUUCUCGGUGUGGAUGCUCAUCUUCUUUUUAUUUUCCAAUAUGUGGAAGAGAUAAUGUUGAAUAUUUCUCUCCCUGCUUUGCAGGCUGUGGACAUAAAAGAAUACUUAAAAAUAAGCAGCUAUACUAUAAUUGUUCCUGCAUUACCAAAGGAUUAUCAAUUCAAAAUAAUGAAGAUUCUUUUAAUGAUGCUGUCCUUGGGAAUUGUGAGGCAAAGUGUUAUCAGUUACCUUUGUUUAUUUCUUUUCUCUUUUCCGUAAUUGUAUUUUCUGCUUUAUCUAUUGUACCCAGCAUCGUAACCCUUCUCCGCUGUUCAAAAAAACGCACACUGGAACUGCAGCCCCUUGACCUGCAGGCUGGGAUGUGA